UAAUUGAUUUAAUAUAGUUAAUGUAUUUUUAAUUUAUUUUAAUUAAAAUUUUAUUCAAGUGUUAUACGCUUCUAAAAUGAAGAAGUUAAGAGUUUUGGUGUUUAUAUUUUUAUUCAUGAACCUAAGCGAAUCUAUGGAAUUAUUUCUCAGUCCACACGAAUCAAACAUUAACAUUUGUAAUUUUCACUGUACAGCUUAUGAAACACUGCGUGAAAAAAUUAUAGAAACGGAACUAAAAUCAUCACUCGGCGGCAGCCUUUGGUUAACCUCAGCCGAAGAAAAAGCCAACUCUAUACUUAUGAAUGCCAAAAGACAGGAGAUAUCUGAUGGUGCCAAAAAUCCUGAAAAGUAUCCACCUGCAAUUCAUUUUUUCCAAGGAAAGCAAUAUUUACGCCAGAGUGAAGUUUUUCGUAUUCUACAAAAAAUGCCCAAAGGUGCAUUUCUUCAUGGACACAACAUUGGCAUGGUCAGUUCAAAAUGGAUUAUUAGCAAUUUAACCACAUCGAAUAAUUUAUAUACAUGUCGAAAUGUUAAUGGAUUGUUGAUUUUUACUUACGAUCAAUCGAAAUGCCAUAGUGAGACCCAAAAUGUUUGCCUGGAACGUGUAAACGCUGAAGAUAAACGUCUUUAUGAACGACAAUUGGAAAAACACAUUAAUAUGUAUACCAUGCAUCCAGAAUCUUUGAUAAGUGACACUAAAAAGAUUUGGGAAAGGUUCGACAAUAUCUUUGUAACACUUGAAAAUUUUUUGAAAUAUAUGCCUACCUACUGUGCCUACCACAAGCGAUUAUUGGAAGAAUUGUGCGAGGAUAACAUUAUAUAUGCUGAGAUAAGAACCUCAUUGGCUCCGCUUUAUGGAGACAAUAAUCAUACAUAUAAUACACUAGAAGUAGCUAACGAACUGGAACGUAUUGUAGAAGGUUUCAAAGCAAGGCAUCCAGACUUUGUAGGUGUUAAAAUUAUCUAUUCAAAACCAAAUAAAGCUACAGUAGACGAAAUGGCACAACGAUUUGUAACUUUUAAACAAUUACAGUAGGUAUCGCCUGAUCUAGGAACAUAUUUUAUAAAUUUAUUAAUAUCGAUU